CAAGAUGGCUGCCCCUCUGGUUCAGUACGUGGUGGUGAGAGCAGAUCUUCUCCGCGCCCUGAAAUGGCCAACAGGAGCCGUGAUGGCCCAGGCCUGUCACGCCUGUACCGCUGUGCUACACGUCUACAGGGACGACAACAACACACGGGAAUAUCUGUCCGAUUUGGACCGUAUGCACAAGGUUGUUCUGGAGGCCAAAGACGAGGAGAGUCUGUGCAUGUUAGCUGAGCAGCUGCAGCAGAAUAGUGUAGAUCACAAGUUGUGGAUAGAGCAGCCGGAGAACACUGCCACGUGUCUGGCCGUCAAACCUUACCCCAAGUCUGAGGUCCAGAAACAUUUCAAGAACUUCAAACUGUUUAAGUGAUGCAAGAAAGACUUCAAGAACUUCAAACUAUCUAAGAAAUGGGAAAAACAACUCAAGAACUUCAAAUGAACACUGCCACAUGUCUGGCUGUCAAACCGUACCCCAAGUCUGAGGUCCAGAAACACUUCAAGAACUUCAAACUGUUUAACUGAUGCAAGAAAUACUUCAAGAACUUCAAAUUCUGUAAAUGAUGCACAAAACACUUCAAGAACUUCAAAUAUUGUAAAUGAUGCAAGAAACACUUCAAGAACUUCAAACUAUCUAAGGAAUGGGAGAAAUGCCUCACGAACUUCCAACUUUUCAAAUGAUGCCAAAAAGAUAAUGUCCGGGACUUCAAACUAUCUUGAUGAUGCAAGAAAACUUAAAAGAACUUCAAAUGAUGCAAGGAGCAUCCAUAAAAACUUCAAACUCUUUUGUUAUCAGCUGAAGGAAAAAUUCAAGAACUUUGAAUGUGUCCCUCAAAUGAUGUAAGACACCUUCCAGAGCUUAAACUGAUGCUAAAACACUUUUAAAUAAUUUCAUGAUGUUGAGCUCUUGAACUGAUGCUGUUAACUGUCUAGUUUAUUGUCUAUAUAGAUACUUCAAGAACGUACUUGUAUAUGUUGAAUCCAGGGGUCUAGUUCUUCAAGACACUGAGGAUAGCAUCUCAUUUUAUGUGCAAGAUACUAGUAUGAAUGCUCAACAGUGUUAGUUGGUAACAUGUUAAUACCAAUACAAUCUUGUAGUAUCUAUCUGCAAUGAUGCAAUUGUUUUGCCCAUCAUCAUAAUGCAAAUGCUAUAAACUUUGUAACUUAAACCUCAACCUUAACAAUCAACUCGUGAGAAGAAAUGGGCGGAGAUAAGAGUGUGAUAGAGGUUGCCGGGAGUAAAGAUUGAACAAUAUGGCUACGAUUUGUGACAACAAGUUUUUAAAUGAUGCCAUAAUUUGUGAACUGUGCAAUGUUUCACUAAAGCAAUAACUUGAUAAUAUUACUGCACUAUCUUACUGUUAAGAAUGUAAGUGUAUUUGGAAAGGUCAGUCAUCAGGUCAAACGUCAUGUCUAUUCAGACGUGUGUUUUCAAUGUGAAUGUGUGGUCUAACCAGAGUGCUGGCAUGUCAUAUCAAGAUCUGACAGAUUAAAAAGAAGCUGCAAUUGA